CUACGGCCUCACCACAUACACAUCGCCAGCCUUCACUCAGUUUAAUCUUCGGAGAAACGGUACGACCGAUGCCCCACCUCAUCGCAAAGGCUCGGCGUUCGACAAAGUAGAUCUCGUCGAACAAGGUGGACCGCGACAGGUAGAAGUGCCCCGCCCUGCAGAGUACCUCGUGUCUCGACGCAGCGUCGCGAAGUGGAACCAUCGGACCCGCAAGUUCCUCAUUCGUCAAACUAUGGAGACAGACAGUCCCACCGGAUAUGGCCGUACGAGAAGCGACGACGGUAUAGGAGGUCUUGCGCAGGACAAGGUCGGCGACGGCUCACCCGAACAGACGGGCAAGCUGCCAAAGGCCGUCAUCAACGCUGGGGUCUACAAACACAAGUGUUCGUUUUGCGAUUCCACGUUUCAAAAGACGGAACACCUUCGAAGGCAUGAACGCAGUCACACGAAAGAACGACCGUACGAGUGUCCGGAAUGCGGCAAGAAGUUUACGCGUGCGGAUAGCUUGGUGCGGCAUGGCAGACUGCACGAGUUGAACGGAGGAGGGGUCUCCAUCGACGAUGUAGAGCGACAACGUGCUAGCGGGUCGGGAGAGGCAUCUCGAGGUUUUGCGAGGCCGUCAGAGGGGUCGAGACAGGAAGGGGAAGUCGAUCGCAAGGGCAGCCUGAUGAUGCCUCAAGAGUCACGGGCUUGGUCGAGUUCGAGUCGGUCCAUCAGGCUGCCUGGAGACGAUGCGCAAGUCGAACCGCCAUCGAAACGCAGGAAGCCAAAUGAUGAGCCGUCGACCUCACACACUCGACAAGCUCUAGGCCGAAACAACUCCGAGACAUCGAAUAUGGGCGCGAGAAUGCCUGGAUCGAGCUCAAGCGCCUCGUUUCAUUCGCAAGAACCAUCCCAGCUGUUGGAAGCCAACCCGACAGCGCUGCUGCGUGCAUCAGCCGUCAUGGAUGGGAUGCCAAUGUAUUCCACUCCAGGCGCAUUCGAUUCGCCCAACUCCAACUUUUCUCACGCCUACGGACCGAACGGGACGAUCGAUCGUCUUUCCAACCCGGAUCCGACCAAUCGUCAUCUCGGUGCCCCCACCUCCGCAUUGAUGUUUGCUAGAAACCUCGACCCACACCUCUCGGGACACUUGCUCGACCACAUCAGGAACCCUCAGGAUAAUUACGCGACGUCGUACCGUACGCCUCAAUCGGAUGGGGAUUGCAACUCGACGCCAACGUCGCUCAUGGAUCACUUGGGUCAAUUUGCGGAUCGCGCCAAUAGUAUGGGAGAUUCCCAAGGGCCGACCUUGGGACUACACGUCGAGACCCCAUAUCCGGGUGGUCCACCUUUCAAUGCCGAUUCGGUCAUAGAACCUCUGACUAUGAAUGCUCAGGAAAACAUCCUAGGCAUACCGACGUCGAGAGAUGGCGCCGCCGGACUCGAUAUAGAUAGCAGUUUCAAUUUCGAGAGCAACGCGUAUGGUUUGCCGAUGGGUUUCGGGAUCGAGGAGACUUCGGACCUGGACCUCUUGCAGUUCUUGGCGUCAGAUACGUCGAUCGCGUUUGCACAUACCCUCAUACCCGAAUACACGACGUAUACAAGGCACAAUUCACCCGGUCCCUCCAAUCCCACCGUUCGACGCACUUCACCCCUCAGUCCUAUGCGCUUCCCUGCGGACCCUCUCAUCGAUCCAUCAAUCACCUCGUUCUCAUCGGUAGGCGGUAACGAUCCGAUGCAGACGGAUUAUCCACAGCACGUGUCGCUGUCGCCAAAGAUGGCUGCGUUGUGGAAGAACUUGAUCACGACUGGUGUCGCCGAAUCGCAGGACCAGUUGCGGAUACCUACAGAUACAGUCAGAGGUAUUUCGCGCAGUGCUACUCCUCCUGCUACUCGGACGGCUCAGUUAGAUGGAUCACAAGCGAACGCACGAGAUGAAGGUGGGCAGGGCGCUAGCGUCACGAGCGAGUCCCACAUCGCUGGUGAAAGGGGUCGUCCACAGGACGCCAUUACAGAAGCGAAGCAUCUGAUAUCCGACCUGUCUUUCCACUUGUCGGCAUCCACGUCUCCGCUUUCCUCGGCGUUUCUGGAUAAAGGCCUGAAACUCUUCUUUACGAGGUUCUUGCCUACCUUUCAGGUGAUCCAUCAACCGACGUGGUCCCUCAAGUCGGCUUCCGCGUCGCUAUCGAUCAACCUCAUAGCCCUUGGGACACUAUACAUGACCGAGGACGGGGAUAGAGCUAAGGGCGAGGCUCUCUGGAGGCUGGUCUACAAAGGCUGUUGCAUUUCGUGGGAGCGUUUGAUAGAAUUGCGAGCUGGACCCGGAGACCCUACACGUGGCACUACGCUUUGCCAGACUAUCCUUUUGGGUCAGAUUUACGCUGCCCUAGCCGAACGCAACAGUAUGAGAGCGUCCCCGUACACCUUCCAGGGAUUUGGUUUGAGAAUCGCUCGACUCGCUGGGAUCUUCCGGAUACCAAAGGCGGCCGCGGAUGACUUCUUGCCGAACGACGGGGACUGCUCGCAGAUCGAACUGGAAAACGCCUUCCGCUCCUGGGCCUCUUACGAGUCCCAGCUUAGGGCCGUACUGGGGCUUUACAUCGUGGAGGGACAAUUUGUGCAGCUCUAUCGCGUCCCGCCAACAUCGUCACACCUAUCGAACCCUUUCGUGAGCGCUUGUGAUGAUCAACUGUUUUGCGCGCCCAACGCUCGAGCAUGGAAGGCCAUACUGCUAAAAAGGCAACGGGACCAAGACCGACGUCGUGAAAAUACGUUCUCCGCCAUCUACCGCCACCUAUUCAAUGAGCAGUAUCCGAACGCUCGGUUUGAGCUCGGUCUCGACCUUCCCUCCAUCUCGAAAAACGUUCUCUUGACAGGUUUGCACACGGUCAUCGCGCAAUUGCGUGAGAGUAAAGCGCAAGGCCUGCUAGACGAUCAUCGGUCUCCAAUCAACCUUCAUCUUGGCUUCAAACGCCUGUAUGGCGUUUUGCUAUCCAACCCUCAAAGUGCCUCCAUGGAGGCGAGCAGUCUACGUAUGGGCUGGCACUCUGCCUACAUCGAGUUGCUGCUCGUGGAAGCGCUGUCACCACAGGAUCUCCUCACGGCUGCCAAUAUACCGCUCGGAAUGCCGGACAUAUGCCCCGUCGCAGACGAGAAGAUGCGGUAUACUCGGACCGCUCUCGGGCGGCGGAUUUUGGUACAUGCAAACGCCAUCCGGUUAACGGCCAUGAAUAUCCCCUUCUCCACCAUGAGGUUCCCCUCCGUCUUUGUGUCUGCCUAUAUUUAUCGCGCAGGAUUGGCUAUGCUUGCCUACGUGCUGGGCAAAGCCAACGAGGCUUUCAAUGAGAAUGCAGAAGCUUUUGAACUAUCUACACAGAUGGACUUUGACAGCAUGGAUAUCAACAAUCACCCAGCCAUGUCGUCCAUGGCUCACAACGCAUACGAAUACACUUCGGAUAGCGCCGCAAAACGCUUCAUCACCGAAGGAGGUCCUGUCACCCUGAAUCACAACCCCUUACAACUAGACGAUAUCGCAUGUUUCGUCAGCUGGCUCCGACCCUUUGGGGAGGUCUUUGGAGUCGCUAAUACCAUGGCUGAUGACUUGGAGUCGCGCAUACAGGACGCGGCCUGAAACAUCGCUAGAUAUUCUAUCGACCGUAAUGAGAUUAGACGUUGUAAAUUAUGCACCACAUCGUUAAUAGGAAUAUGUCUCCGUGC